UUUGUUUUUUUGUUUUUUUUUUGUUGCACGGAUGAACUUUGUAUUUUGUUUUGUCGAGUUUAACUUGCGAAAUUGUUAAAAGGAGAAAAGUGUACGGAAGGAUCCAUUGCUCUUCAUGCGGAGCAGUUUAAUCUGUAGCCUCCCGCUUUGGCUCGCCGUUGCCGCGUUGCCAUGGUGACAGUACACCGUUGUGCCGUGUUGCCCAGUCGAUGUUAAAUCCGUGGUUUGUAUGUUUUUCUUGUUCAUUUUUAGAAGACUUAGUGCUAGCAGGUCAAUUUAGUGAUGGAGCUCAUCGGAAGCAGUUACAAAGGAGACACCAAAAAUGGCAGGAUGCAUGGAAAAGGAGAGUACACAUUCCCCACAGAGACCAAGUAUGUGGGAGAGAUGAAAGAUGGUAUGUUUCAUGGCAAAGGAGUGCUACACUUUUCAAAUGGAAGUAAAUAUGAGGCCACCUGGGAAAACGGCAUAGCUAAACAGGGGUCAUUUACCUUUGCUGAUGGUCUGCAGUACCAGGAGAAGGACUGGGACUACUGUGAUGGUUAUGACAGGCGCUUCUACAGUGAGAGGUGCAAUGGACUCAGACCUGCAGGAGAAUCUCAGCUAACUGAUCUGCAUCCGCCACGCGUCAUUCCUGAUGGAUGUUACGAUUGUGGAGAUGGUUUCUAUGACCCCAAAACCAGAGUCAUCACUUCUCACACUGGCAGAUUCCUCAGGAAUGCAGAUGACUCUGAACAUGAGUGGAUUGUGCGGACUUGUCGGAAAGCUUGGGAUGAGGUUGCUGGCGUUAAUCCCAAGUCUGUUGCAACCAGACCCGAAGAGUCCAGCAGUAUCAACUGAUACUAUUUAUUAUAUUAAAACUGUUGGAAAUGUUGAUUAUUAUUAUUUUUUCAUCUUGUAUAAGUCUUUGACAUAAAAAGAAUGAAAAUGAAAACGCUAUAUUGUUUCCUUUGAUGUUAUUUAUUUCCCUUUGUUGUACAUUGAGUUGUAACCACUUCAUCUUAAUUUCCAUAUAGCCUGUGUGUGUGUGUGUGUGUGUGUGUGUGUGUGUGUGUUUUAGUGAGGUUUUAAAAAGGAGAGAGUAUGAAAAUGUACAGGCAGCACAAUAUGUAUCCUGUCUUUCAUUUGGUUUGAUUAAAUAAACAUUGAUAAUUUAAACGUACUGUAUGCUGCUGUUUUGAGUUAAGUAGUCGGUUGUGCCAACAUACUAUGUUUGUUAGAAUUGAAUCUGAUGUCAUUGGCAUGUCUACCAAUCAGAAGCAUUUACUCUAUGACUGAAUAGCAAAAGUCUAAGGGUGUUUUUGUUUUUUGAUCAUAGCAAAUAAAAAAAAGUGUUUUGGCAAAAGAAAGUGAUCUGAAACACAUAAAUGCUUUUCAUGGA